AGUAACUUUUGACAGCUGGUCGCCGCACAGUAAAGUCUACAGAGCACUGACUAGAUCAACGUCAGAGCAGGUCUGAAAAGACAGCAGGAUGUCUACCCGACCGAAGAUCGUCUCGGACGAGAUUCAGUCAGUGUCACUGCAUAACGCUAUACCGAUACAGUAUCGAUUGUACGGGCUGCCAUUCCUUGCACUGUAUCCACUCCUCGCCUACGCCUACUAUGUCAGAUAUGAUGAUUGGGUGAAAUCUGUCGAAUGGUCAUUCAUCUACUGCGUGGCGCUUGGUGCUGGACAUGCACUGAGUUUCCUCACUACCGCCUGGAGCAGUGGAGUCAACUCAGUCAUCAGCUAUACAAAAGCAUCUUCCCUCGACAAGGCCAAGAAAGUCCGAGUGGUUCCCAAGAAAGGAAAAGGAAAAGGGGAGAUUGUAUCUUUGGACAAGCAACAAGUGCCCCGGUCAAAGACUCCAGCCUAUUCAUUUACGUAUCAACGGGACACUUAUGUUUGGAACACCUCUACAUCGGCCUUCACGCGUAUACCUUAUCCUUGCGAUGCUUCUCCCGAGUUAUCCACCUUUCAAUCCUCCCACGGAAUCAUCACUCACCCGUCGGCGACAUCCAACGAGCCUUCUCUCGAAGCUCUUCACGCCACCUAUGGCAAGAACGAAUGUCACAUCCCCAUCCCGAAGUUCACCGAGUUGUUUGUCGAACACGCCGUGGCUCCAUUCUUCGUCUUCCAGAUGUUCUGUGUUGCUCUGUGGUGCCUGGAUGAAUACUGGUAUUAUUCACUGUUUACGGCUUUCAUGUUGGUCGUCUUUGAAUGUACCGUGGUUUUCCAGCGAGUCAAGACGUUGACCGAGUUCCGCACUAUGAGCAUCACACCUUACAAUGUCUAUGCUUUCAGGGAUGGCAAGUGGAUCGAAAUCAUCUCUUCGGAGCUUGUACCAGGAGACUUAGUAUCCAUCGUCCGCACCAAGCCUGACUCUGGCAUUCCAUGUGACCUGUUGCUCCUGAAGGGCACUUGUAUCGUGAAUGAAGCCAUGUUGUCUGGUGAAUCUACGCCUUUGUUGAAGGAGAGUGUCGAACUCCGGGAGGGUUCAGACAAGCUGGAUAUGAAUGGUGCAGACAGGAACAGCGUCUUGUUCUCCGGUACCAAGGCCCUUCAGGUCGAGGCCGCGACAGAGGGAGACAUCAAGACUCCUGAUGGUGGCUGUUUAGCUGUUGUCCUCCGAACCGGAUUCGGCACCACCCAAGGUCAACUAGUUCGGACUAUGAUCUUUUCUCAGGAGCGGGUAUCUGCAAACACCUUUGAAGCCUUCUUAUUCAUUGGUUUCCUGCUCAUCUUCGCCAUUGCUGCCAGUGCUUACGUCUGGAUCAAGGGUGAGUCAGCUACUGGUUUCCCUCUCUAUUCAGCUGAUACAUGUCCAGGACUCGAACGAGGCAUGGCCAAGGGCAAGCUCUUGUUGGACUGCGUGCUUAUCAUCACCUCCGUCGUCCCGCCGGAAUUGCCCAUGGAGCUUUCUCUUGCCGUCAACGCCUCGCUGGUCGCAUUGCAAAAGUUUGCGAUCUUCUGCACGGAGCCAUUCCGUAUUCCAUAUGCUGGCAAUGUCGACGUAUGUUGCUUUGACAAGACUGGAACUAUCACAGGAGAGGAUCUCGUCGUGGAGGGCGUUGCGGGCAUGAGCUCAUCUGACCCCAAGAAGCUUGUUCCAGUCACUGAGACCAGUCGAGACACUACCUUCACUCUUGCAUCCGCUCACGCUUUGGUUUUCCUGGAAGACGGCACAAUUGUUGGUGAUCCGAUGGAGAAGACGACCUUGGCGGCCCUAGAUUGGAAAUUGUCCAAAGGUGAUCAAAUCACACCUAACUCCAAGGAGAGCCAGCACAAGGCUCAAAUCCACGUCCGCCGACGAUAUCAAUUCUCCUCAGCCCUCAAGCGCAUGUCAACCAUCUCUGGCGUCACCACGUCGAACGGUAGGACCUGGAUCGCGAGCGUCAAGGGAGCUCCUGAAACGCUCAAGGCAAUGUACAACUCUGUUCCUAGUCAUUACGACGAGACUUAUCGAUACUAUACCCGACGCGGAAGCCGAGUUUUGGCCCUGGGAACGAAGAGCAUGAAGAUCUCUAAUGACCAGAUCAAUCACGUGUCUCGUGACGAAGUUGAAUGCAACCUUGACUUUGCCGGAUUCCUUGUUUUCCACACGCCGCUGAAGCCGGACGCCGUCGAGACACUCAAGAUGUUGGCCGACUCUUCCCACCGAUGCAUCAUGAUCACUGGAGAUAACCCUUUGACCGCCGUCCACGUAGCAAAAGAUGUCGAGAUUGUUGACCGGGAGGCUAUGAUCCUCGACUUGAAGGAAGGUACCACGACAGAUGAGCUCGUCUGGAAGAAUGUCGACGAGACGGUUGUGAUCCCUGUGGAUCCGUCCAAACCAUUCGACCAGAAAUUGUUCAAGGAGUACGACAUCUGCAUUACUGGAGCUGCUCUGAAGCAAUAUGAGACCCGACCUACCGUCCUGGACCUCGUCAAGCACACUUGGGUCUAUGCUCGAGUUUCACCUUCUCAGAAGGAAUUCAUUCUCCACACUCUGAAAGAUCUUGGAUUCACGACGUUGAUGGCUGGAGACGGUACGAACGAUGUUGGAGCUCUCAAAGCUGCUCAUAUCGGGGUGGCUCUGCUUGAUGGAACGCAAGAGGAUCUGAAGGCUAUCGCCGAGCAUCAGAAGCUGGAACGAAUGAAGAAAGUUUACGAGCAGCAGUGCAAAAUCUCAGCGAGAUUCAACCAGCCUCCGCCUCCUCCUCCUCCAGCACUCCGAGAGGCUUUCCCUGAUUUGGUCAAGACUCAAGAAGCUAUCAAAGCUGAUCAUGCAAAGGCGAAAAAGGCCAACCCUAUGGAGAAGUUCGAUCUCGCCGGUCUAACCGCCAAGCUUUCCGAAAUGGACGAUGAUCAAGAGGUACCCCAGAUCAAGCUGGGAGAUGCGUCUUGCGCCGCUCCAUUCACCUCAAAAUUGUCAAAUGUCUCUGCUAUCACCAAUAUUAUCCGUCAGGGACGAUGCACGCUCGUCGCUACUAUCCAAAUGUACAAGAUCUUGGCACUCAACUGUCUCAUCACGGCAUAUUCGCUCUCUGUUCAAUAUCUUGAUGGAAUCAAGUUUGGCGACUAUCAAGUCACCAUCUCGGGCAUGUUGAUGUCUGUUUGUUUCCUCUGUAUCUCGCGUGCCAAGCCCGUGGACAAGCUGAGCAGGGAACGACCUCUGGGCAACAUUUUCAAUCUCUACGUACUUUUGAGCGUUUUGCUGCAGUUUUCCAUUCACAUUGCGACUCUCGUGUAUAUCACCGAUCUGUCCAAAUCCGUCGAAGAUCUGGGCCAAGGAAGGGAUCUCGAAAAGAAGUUUGAGCCCAGUCUACUCAACACCUCUAUCUAUCUUCUUGGUCUAUCUCAACAGGUCUCAACAUUUGUCCUCAACUUCCAGGGUCGACCGUUCCGAGAGGGUAUCCGCGAAAACCCACCUCUCUACUGGGGAUUGCUCGGUGUCAGUGCAGUUGCCUACGCAGGGGCCACCAAUUUCGUACCUGAAUUCAGCAGCUGGCUUCAGUUGGUCGAAAUGUCCACCUCGUUCCGAACGAAAUUGACAAUCUCCAUGGUUGUCGACUUUGCCGGCUGCUUCAUCAUGGAAAAAGGAUGCAAAUAUCUCUUUGCGAGCCUCGAGCCUGUCGAGUUUGUCACCCGUGGAAGAAAACGACGUGAAGCUCGUCGGGCUCUGGAAGAGUCGGCAAAGGCACAGAACGGCGGUGCGAUGCCUGAGCUAUCUGACGUUCUGAAGAAGAACCAGUAAGAUAGCGUGCUAGAGUCGGGCCUGUGCUAGAUUUCCAUCUUUUUUGCGUCAUGCAUGUCUUUUUCCACUUUUGA